AUGGAGAGCAAUCAAGUCCCUCUGGAAUCACAUCCUCGACAUGACUGUCAUCAGAGAAACCUCGUCUCGAUAUCAAUAAGUGAUCCCGCACACCCGUUUUUAUUCAGUCGCAAAAAAAGGUUAUACGCCGCUCUUGUCACAGGUUUUGGCUACGCCAGCAGCACACUAUCUUCGAGUCUUCCUGGAGGCGCUUCUUCUUAUAUCGCAGAGCAUUUUCAAAUAAAGAACCAGGAAUUAGUUGUCCUACCACUGGUUAUCUAUCUCGUGGGCUACAUUCUCGGCCCACUCUUCCUAUCUCCACUCAGUGAGCAUUAUGGGCGGAAGCCAACUCUUAAUACGGCGAAUCUUGUAUUCUUCGGCUCAUCGAUCGGCUGUGCUCUUGCGCCGACAUUCGCGGCGCUUGUAGUAUUUCGUUUCUUUGCUGGGCUUUCAGCAGCUGUUCCUUUGACAGUGGUUGGAGGCGUCUAUGCAGAUCUGUUCAAGGAUUCAGCUAGUCGGGGAAAAGCUACCGCCUUGUACACAAUAAUUGGCUCAAUUCCCACUGUUUGUGGGCCCACUUUAUUCGCAUUUGUGUCUAUUCCUAGCUUUCGAUGGUCUUUUUGGCUCACGAGCAUUUUAUCCGGUCUGCUAGGAAUUGCUCUAAUGUUCCUGCCGGAGACCUAUCUUCCCAAACUCGAGAAGAUGAGAGCUCAACAACUAAGAUGCGGAAAGGAUUGUGCAAACUCAUUUGCACAGAUAGAGUUAGAUGGCCGAACCUCAAUAGCUAUAUUGGGUGCCGCCUUGAGCAGGCCCAGUCGCAUGUUUUUUGGAGAGGCUGUGGUCUUUUUCUCCUCAUUAUAUGCCUCGCUGAUAUAUGCGAUUCUGUUCCUUCUCUUUGCAGCUUACCCAUAUAUCUUUCAUGGCAUUUAUGGUAUGUCUUACGGCAUCUCUGGGCUUGCUUUCCUCCCCAUGGGUCUCGGCGUGCUACUGUCCUACUACGUUAUCUUUCUGUGGGAUAGUUAUUAUGUGCGAAACCUUCCAACAGCCUCGGAGAGACAAUGCAAUGCCGAGUACCGCAGGUUGCCACUCGCUUGCGCUGGCGGCAUCCUUCAAGUCUUCUCCCUCUUCUGGCUUGCCUGGACGUCGUCGUCUUCAAUACACUGGAUAGUGCCAAUGUUAUCUGGGACAAUUUUUGGAAUAGCCCUCAUGCUCAUCAUGGUCUCAAUCUUCAACUAUCUAACAGAUUCUUAUGGGAUUUAUUCUGCUAGCGCUUUGGGUGCUGCGAGUUGCGUCAGAAGCAUGUGUGGGGCUUGCCUGCCACUCGCGGCUCAUAGCAUGUAUAGUAAUCUUGGCGUUGCUUGGGCCACGAGUAUUUUGGGAUUUGCAGCAGUAGCAAUGAUUCCUAUCCCUUUUGUGCUCAUUAUAUAUGGCGAGGCUAUUAGAGCCCGGAGCGAGUUUUGUGUAAAGGUCCAUCCACACGAUGAUAUUUUUAUAGAAAGAGUAGAAAUAGUUUCAGUGACGGGAGUCUAG